CCGGGCUCUCGCGAGAAGAGGGUUAAGAGCCGGCCUGUAACCUGCCCGGGCGGCUCUGCUAGUUGCAGCCGCUUUAGUGAGCACCGCCACGGACAUCUCCGGAGGGAUCCAAUUGAGGAGGAAGCGGAGGUGUCCCUUGCCCCCGCCUUUGCCUAGGCCCUCCGUGGACACUCAAGAGGCACUGCAGUCUCUGAACAUCAAAUUUCAUCUAUUUCCAAACAAAAUAUUCCAGCCUGAGCAUUUUUCAAGAUCAAGACUUGAUUCUGUAUUUUAAAUUCUCACUGUUCUUUAUAAUCCUGCCAUUUGCCAACAUUGUGACCAUUGACAAAGUUACUAAACUACUGAGACUGUUUUCUGUUUGUGGUGAUUGUGAAGAUUAAAUUGGAUAGUGGAAUAUACUUCAAAAUACUUAGUUCAGGUUAUGGGUGCUACAUAUGUGCUUUCAGAGCAGUAGUGUGAGGAAGCUUGAAGUGGGAUGGCAGGACGGCCUCAUCCUUAUGACAGUAACUCCAGUGAUCCAGAGAAUUGGGAUCGGAAAUUGCAUAGUAGACCUCGUAAACUUUAUAAACAUUCAAGUACUCCCUCACGUGUUGCUAAAGGAGUUGACCACACCAAAAUGAGUCUACACGGUGCUAGCGGGGGACAUGAACGAUCAAGAGAUAGACGAAGAUCAAGUGACAGAUCACGAGAUUCAUCUCAUGAAAGAACAGAAUCUCAACUCACUCCUUGUAUUAGAAAUGUUACUUCUCCAACACGACAGCACCAUGUUGAACGAGAAAAAGAUCACAGUUCCUCUCGUCCAAGCAGUCCUCGUCCUCAAAAGGCAUCUCCAAAUGGUUCCAGUAGCAGUGCUGGGAACAGCAGCAGAAACAGUAGUCAGUCAAGUUCAGAUGGUAGCUGCAAGACAUCUGGGGAGAUGGUGUUUGUAUAUGAAAAUGCAAAAGAAGGAGCUCGGAACGUAAGAACAUCGGAACGAGUAACACUAAUAGUGGAUAACACUAGAUUUGUUGUAGACCCAUCCAUUUUUACUGCACAGCCAAAUACAAUGUUGGGCAGGAUGUUUGGAUCUGGCAGAGAACAUAACUUUACACGUCCCAAUGAGAAGGGAGAGUAUGAAGUGGCAGAGGGAAUUGGCUCCACCGUGUUUCGAGCUAUUCUGGAUUACUACAAAACAGGAAUAAUCCGUUGUCCUGAUGGCAUAUCUAUUCCUGAACUGAGAGAAGCAUGCGACUACCUUUGUAUUUCUUUUGAAUAUAGUACUAUUAAAUGUAGAGAUCUCAGUGCCCUAAUGCAUGAGUUGUCAAAUGAUGGUGCUCGUAGACAGUUUGAAUUUUACCUGGAAGAAAUGAUCCUGCCUCUCAUGGUAGCUAGUGCCCAGAGUGGGGAAAGAGAAUGCCACAUAGUAGUCCUUACAGAUGAUGAUGUGGUUGAUUGGGAUGAAGAGUAUCCACCACAGAUGGGAGAAGAGUAUUCACAAAUUAUUUAUAGCACAAAAUUAUAUAGAUUUUUCAAGUACAUUGAAAACAGAGAUGUGGCCAAAUCAGUUUUGAAGGAGAGGGGUCUUAAGAAGAUUAGAUUGGGAAUAGAAGGUUAUCCUACCUACAAAGAAAAAGUAAAGAAGAGGCCUGGGGGCCGCCCAGAAGUGAUUUACAACUAUGUCCAAAGACCCUUUAUUCGAAUGUCUUGGGAGAAGGAAGAAGGAAAGAGUCGGCACGUAGACUUUCAGUGUGUAAAGAGUAAAUCUAUCACCAAUCUUGCAGCAGCUGCCGCAGACAUUCCCCAGGACCAGUUGGUAGUCAUGCACCCAACUCCACAAGUGGAUGAGCUGGAUAUUCUCCCUAUCCAUCCCCCUUCUGGCAACAAUGACCUCGAUCCUGAUGCACAGAAUCCGAUGCUGUGAUGCCGAUGUCCCUUGAAACCAUAGCAUGCUCUUCACGGUGACGCUGCACUCUGCACAUUCUGCACUGCAAGGCUGCUCUCUUCAUCGUGAGAUGCACAUGCCAAUGUUUAGGAUAUUGCAGUGUAGGCUUUUUUUAAAGACCAAAGGUAGCUGAAUGGUUUUUUUAAAUGAGUACAACUCUAGCAUCCUGAGGUUCCAGUUAUAUAAAUGUAUUUGUUUACCAGUAGGUUUGUGAAAUUGGUUCUUUGUAUGGGGGAACAGUCCUUUUUCACACAUCUCGAUACUUUCAGAAGUGGUGAAAAUUGGCAGCUGGGGUAUUUUCAGCUUAGAUUGAUAUUCAUCACACCCCAGAUAAAACGUAGAAUAUUACAUAGUUGCACUUUAUAAAUGGUGGUUAAAUGGAACUGUUCAAGCCAUUUUUAUAGUUGUGAUGCACAAUAUAACUGAAAUAAGUGCUUCUAUCAAAGUAUUCCUUCAGUAAAAUGUGUAUAGUUUGCUGCCCAUGAUGGGCAAAAAAAGGAGUAUUUAUCAUUGGGCUGAUUUGAAUGAUCUGGAGGAGACCUAAUGCCCAUAUCUUAUUUCUCUCCAAUGCUGUUUUUGCCCUUUUAGAGUGAGUCACAUGCAGGAAGUGUGAACAUCAGAGGUGGUUUAUUAUCCAGUCUGCCUUACCCUUAAUCUGUUCAGAUAUUUAUUUACUAAUUUUUUUUCCUUAAGAGUUAUGGGAUAGGAAAAUGAAGUGUUUGCUCUUCAUUUACUAAAUGAUUGUAAACUCGAGUUUUUCAUCAAAAUAAAAUUCCACUGUUUUAA